AUGAUUCGGCAGCAAGGAAGCGCGCUGCGCUUCCUUAAAUGCCGGGAGAAAUUAUUUGUGAAUGGGGAACCGGUGUGUGUGGGAGGGGCGGUACGGAGGCGUGAGAAGAGACUGGGCCCUCCUGUAAGCCAGCCUCCACUGGAGCACACAACGACCCGAUCCACAGUGGAGAACACAGCGACCCAAUCAAGAGCGGUGUAUACAACGACCCAAUCAACAGUUGGCCGUACUACGAGCCACCCGCCAGGACACUUCUACCCAUUUGGAGCUGGAGACGUAGUAAACGCAUUGUCAGAUGAUGGAAGUUCAUCUCUUAUCACUCUUCAGCAACCAUUUUUAUAUUUUGGAACAUCAUAUAACCACAUGUAUGUAAACAACAAUGGAGACCUAACCUUUGAUCAAUCAUGGUCUAGUUGGACUCCCUACCAGUUCCCUUUGGCUGGUGGACGGGACAUCAUUGCUCCAUUUUGGACAGACAUUGAUAAUCGUGGAAAUGGUGUCAUUUCUUAUCAACAGUACACUUCCGGCAGUGUAUUAUCUCAAGCUACUCACGACAUAAAUCAAUAUUUUCCUCAACUGAGAUUCAGUGCUACUUGGGUCUUUGUUGCAACAUGGGACAGAGUAGCGUACUAUUCUUACACUGGAACAGAAACAUCUUUCCAAGUGGUUUUGAUUUCCAAUGGCCAUUUCUCAUUUAUUCUUAUGAACUAUGGUGUGAUUGCUCCAACAUCCCAGGCUGUUCAGGCUGGAUAUGACACCUUUGACUCCAGCUAUUAUUUCUCAAUUCCUGGGUCUUUUCAAUACAACUACACAAGUUUCACUUAUAGCAGCAAUGUGAAUGUCCCAGGCAGAUGGGCUUUUCGUGUAGAUAAUGGCACAAACACCUGUCAGUUUAAUGAUCAAUUUGUACCAAAAGGUGCCACAUUCUGGACAGAUAGCUCCUGCCAGCAGAAGUGCACUUGCACACGGAGCGGUCUCCAGUGCAUCUCACAACCAUGCACAUUUUCUCAAGCUUGCCGUCCAGCUGCUUUACAGUAUAGCUGCCAAAAUGUAAAACGCCAGACCUGCACUAUUUCUGGUGACCCCCACUUCUACACCUUUGAUAAUCAACUCUUUCACUUUCAAGGAACCUGCACCUACAUCCUAUCUGAGGCCUGUAGCAAUGACGUGCCAUACUAUCGUGUAGAAGGAAAAAACGAGCAUCGAGGUAGUACAUAUGUAUCAUGGACACGGCUGGUCAAGGUAUUUGUCUAUGAUCAGGAAGUGGAAUUAGUUAAAGAUCAUCCAUAUGAGGCCAAGGUAAAUGGAACCUUCACAGCAACACCAUUCAGUCUUCACAAUGGCUCUAUUCAAGUCUAUCGGUCAGGCUUUUCCGUUGUAAUCAGUACAGCUUUUGGACUAGUCGUUUCAUAUGAUGCCUAUUCCUAUGUAACCAUCAAUGUACCUUAUGACUACCAAAAUGCCACAUGUGGUCUGUGUGGUUACUUCAACCACCAUCCAGAUGAUGACUUUCGGACACCUUCAGGAGAAAUCCUGAGCUCAGACUCAGGAUUUGGAGACUCCUGGAAAGCAUACGGAGACACGGAUCCUGGCUGUGAGGAUCGCUCAUGCUCAGGUUUCCAAUGUGCACGUUGUACCCCCUAUCAGAGGGCUCUUUUUAAUAACUCAGGCAACUGUGGCAUCUUGUCAGAUGCUAGUGGUCCCUUUGCCAAUUGUCACUCAGUUCUGUCACCACAAACUUUUAUAGACAGCUGUGUCUAUGAUCUAUGUGUAGGAGGUGGAUAUCAACCCAUUCUGUGUCAUGCAAUAAGUGUUUAUGCUACUCAGUGCCAGCAGCUAGGUGUAAAGCUAGGCCAAUGGAGAAGAGCAGGAUUCUGUGAAAUUUCAUGCACUGUGCCAAACAGUCACUAUGAGUUCCAGGGAACAAGCUGCCCAGCAACAUGCAGUGACCCAUUUUCACCUUUGAACUGCACCUUACCAACCCAGGAAAGCUGUAUCUGUGAUAAUGGCUAUGUCCUAAGUGGUCGUGAAUGUGUUCCUCAAAGGAACUGUGGCUGCACUUUUGAAGGACUUUACUAUACUGAGGGUCAAUCAGUGGUAUUGGACAGCGACUGUGGAAGGCAAUGCACCUGCAGCAACAGAGUAAUGACGUGUCACCAAUAUCAAUGUGGUCCACAAGAGGUAUGUGGCAUAAAUAAUGGUGUAAGAGGCUGCAGACCUACCAGUUAUGCCACCUGUUCAGUUGAUCAUCUAGGCUCUUAUCACACCUUUGAUCAAGUGUCUUUCAGCUAUCAAGGAGCCUGUGAACUUACACUCACUCGAGUUAGUGGAUCGCCUACCUUACCUCAUUUUACAGUAAAGCUGCAGAGAGUCCCCACAGGUUCCUUGGGCUUUUCCAAAAUCUUGAAUUUUGAAGCAGGAGGAUCUCAGAUCUCUAUAGACAUCGGGGAAGGAAGAAAUGUACCGGUUGAUGGACACCUGGUUGCUCUACCAUACAGUGUGAACAAUGGUCAAAUCCGUAUCUACUACGGCAGUGUAAACAGUAUAAUCCUGGAAACAUCAUUUGGUGUAACUGUGAGAUCUGACUGGUCACAACUAAUUAGAAUUAAAGCACCAAACACUUAUAAUGGCACACUUGCUGGUCUGUGUGGGAAUUUCAAUGAAAACAGAGAAGAUGAAUUUUACAGCCCUGAUGGAGUCUUGUUAAAUACUGCACAGGAGUUCGGGGAUAGUUGGAGGACUGGGUCUCUUUCAGCCUUCUGCAUAGAUUCAAAUGUCAUCGGACAAGGACAGAACGAAAGUGACUUCAGUGAAUACUGCAAUAUCAUCACCAGUCAAGAUGGGCCUUUUGCUCAGUGCCACAGCAGCCUGGACCCGCAAAUAUGGUUAGCAGAUUGCAGACAUAAUUUGGAACAGACCAAUGGUGCCAGAGAGGCCAUGUGUGAGGCUCUACAAUCCUACACUUUACUUUGUCAGCAAAAUGGUAUCAGUGUGGGAGAAUGGAGAAAUAUCACCAACUGUCAUUUCACAUGCCCAGCCCUCAGCCACUAUGAAAGAUGUGGCACUUCUUGUCCCGCAGCAUGUCCAAGUCUGUCUUUUCCAUUCCCUUGUACUCAACAAUGCCAGGAGGGAUGCCAGUGUGAUAAUGGGCUGCUGCUAAGUGGAGACCAGUGUGUUCCACCUACGGGUUGCGGCUGUUUUCAUGAAGGCCGCUACAGGCAGAGUGGAGAGCAGUUCUGGUAUGGAGAGCGGUGCCAGUUCUAUUGUGUCUGUGAUGGGACAUCAGGUAAUGUCCAAUGUAACUCAUCAUCUUGCCAAGCACAGGAAAUAUGCACUGUUACUGCAGGAGAAUAUGGCUGCCAUUCUCGACCCAGUGCCACAUGCUCUGCCUCAGGAGACCCCCAUUACACCUCUUUUGAUGGACAUAGAUUUGACUUCCAGGGCACAUGCUACUAUACACUGGCCACUGUAUGUAAUGAGACUGGACAGCUACCAUAUUUCCAUGUCAUUGCACGAAAUGAACCAUGGAAUGGACUCUCAGUGUCGAUCACUGUUGAAGUUCAAGUCAAUGUGUCAGGACACCUGGUUCGUGUUUCACACAACAUGUAUGGCACAGCAGAGAUUGACAGUCAAACCAGGACCCUUCCUGCUGUCCUGGACAGUGUGUCGGUUUACUCCAGUGGAAGGAACACAUAUAUUACAACUGAUUUUGGCCUACGUGUGAGUUAUGAUGGCUCUUGGGUGGCGGAGGUCACAGUUCCAGGGAAUUACAGUGGAGCCACAUGUGGCCUUUGUGGUAACUUUAAUGGUAACAGCAGUGAUGAUUUCCGUCUGCAAUCUGGCGCACUGACUCUUUCUGCUUCGGAGUUUGGAGCUGGCUGGAAAGUGGGAAAUGAUACAGCAUGUAAUCAUGGAUGUGGAGAUAAAUGCUCAUCCUGCCGAGACCCAUCUAGAGCACAGGGACUGUGUGCAAUCAUAACGGACAAUCAGGGUCCUUUGAGUUUCUGUCAUGCCUAUGUUAAUCCACAGGCCUAUUUUGAUGCGUGCGUCUUUGAUCUUUGCCUCUCUGAGCACAGAAAUGACGUACUGUGCCGCUCAAUUGAAACUUAUGUCAGUGCCUGCCAGUCUGCCAAUGUUAGGAUUUAUCCUUGGAGAGAGAAUACAACAUGUCCGUUGACCUGUACAGAUGUGAACAGUCACUAUGAGCUGUGUGGCUCAGACUGUGGACACACCUGUACCAGCAGUGUAAAUGACUCAUGUGCAUGCAGAGAGGGCUGCUUCUGUAAUGAAGGCUUUGUGAGGAGUGGAGGAAACUGUGUGCCUGCUCACCAGUGUGGAUGCUCAUACAAUGGGUUCUACGUCCAGAUUGAUGAACAGUUCUGUAAUGAAGGAUGUUCACAACACUGUAAGUGUUUUGCUCCCGAAGACCUGCGUUGCAUCUCUACCUCCUGCUCUUCCACUGAGGAAUGUGUAGUCAAGAACGGUGCACUCGGCUGCUACAGCCCUAUGUCAACUUGCAUGGUGUCAGGUGACCCCCAUUAUUAUACAUUUGAUGGAGCUGUGGCACACUUCCAGGGCACUUGCUCAUAUGAGAUUUCUCAGACAUGUGGGAAUGCCAUUGAUGGUCUACAGUUUAGGGUGGUUGGAACAAACAUGCAUCGUGGGAGCACAGCGGUUUCUUUUGUAUCAGUAGUGGAUGUGUGGCUAACUAAAGAUGAGGAGCAAACAAGCAUUUCAAUUGGACAAAACAGGAGAGUAAAGGUUGAUGGGAAUGAAGUGGAGGCAUCUACAUAUCAAAUCAGUCACCUUGCAGAAAUAUAUUAUGAACAGAAUUUUGUGGUUGUGAAUGCAUUUAAUGAGCUCUUGGUCUACUUUAAUGGUCGAUUUACACUUUUAGUGAAAUUGGGCCCAAGCUUCCGUGGAUCUGUAUGUGGGAUGUGUGGUAACAAUAAUGGAGAUCCUAGAGAUGACAAGACCCUGCCGAAUGGAACGCUUGCAAUGAAUGAUGCUGUUUUUGGCAACAGUUGGAAAUCAAACAUCAGUAGCCCAGGAUGCGGUGCUAAUGACCAGCCUGAUGAUAAUGACUGCCCCUUCAGAGACGAGUACUCUGAACUCUGUAGCAUCAUCACUAAUACCAGUGGACCAUUCCAACACUGCCAAUUCCGUAUCAACCCUGAAUCUUACUUCAGUUCCUGUGUGUAUGAUUUGUGUGCCUACCCACAGACAUUGGGACAAGACUUGCUCUGCUCAGCUGUGGAGGCUUACGAUGCUGCUUGCACCAGUUUGGAGCUCCAGAUCCCUGACUGGCGCUCUGAUCUAGCUUGUUAUGGUAUUGAUUCUACCCAUCUACUAAAUCUGUCAGUUAUUACAGGCAUGUACCUUUCGCCUUAA